CCACACUCAUCAAUUUUACCACAACCUUAUAAACACUCUCAUAUUCUCAUUAUACAUACCAUACUUCAAUCUAUAUCAACCCAUUCUUGAUCAUACUUUAACACACAUUAUAUUAUCAUUCUCAUAUUCACAAAAAAAAAUAUAUAUUAUCUUUCUCAUCAUAUUUUGGUUGCAAUUUCAGACCAAAAUCUUCUUAUAGUGAACUCUUUGUUUAAGUAUUUAUCUAACUUAUUUUUAAAAUUUUUAUUUUUUGAAACUCUAUUUUGGGAAUCAUAUUCUCAAAAUGGAAGGUAAAGAUAUGUUAAGUUGGGAACAAAAGACAUUGCUAAGUGAACUUAUUCUUGGACUUGAUGCGGCCAAGAAGCUUCAGUCACGACUCGGAGAAGCUACGGCUGAGACGGACGAGAUUCUGGUGAAGCAGAUAGUUUCUUCCUAUGAGAGAUCUCUUCUUCUGCUUAACUGGUCCUCCUCACCAACGACCGUACAACUUCUUCCGACGCAAAUUACUGUAGUCCCGGUGAAAACUACCGGCGGAGUCCCAGAAUCUCCGGCGUUGAUUAACGGAAGUCCGAGAAGUGAAGAGUUCGUUGACGGAGGAGGUUCCAGCGAGAGUCAUCAUCGCCAAGAUUACAUUUUCAAUUCAAAGAAAAGGAAGAUGUUACCAAAGUGGUCAGAAAAAGUGAGAAUAAGUCCAGAAAGAGGCUUAGAAGGACCUCAAGAUGAUGUCUAUAGCUGGAGAAAAUAUGGUCAGAAAGACAUUUUGGGCGCAAAAUUCCCAAGGAGUUACUACAGAUGCACUCAUCGUAGCACACAGAACUGUUGGGCUACGAAGCAAGUCCAGAGAUCGGACGGUGACGCGACUGUUUUCGAAGUCACGUACAGAGGAACACACACCUGUUCUCAGGCGGCGAUCACACCCCCACCAGCCUCUCCGGUGAAGCAAAAAGAAAACACCAGACUCAAACCAGCCAUUACUACUACUACUACGACCCAAAAGCCAAAGGACCUUCUCCAGAGUCUUAAAUCCAACUUAACCGUUCGAACCGACGGGCUUGACGUCGACGAUGGUAAAGACGUUUUCUCGUUCCCUGAUACGCCGCCGUUUUAUACUUACGGCGACUUCGGCCACGUUGACAGUUCUCCUCCAAUCUUCGACGUUAGUGAUUGGUUCAAUCCAACGGUCGAGAUUGACACAACCUUUCCCACUUUUUUACACGAGUCCAUCUAUUAUUAAAAAAUAAAUACUGUAAAAGACACUACUAGUCAUCAUCAUCCAUAGAGAAGAAGAAAUCAGCGAGAGAAUUAAGAUAAAGUAGAUAAACUUGUAUCCAUUUUUUUUUUUUUCGGGUUAAAAAGUCACUAGAGCAAAUCUAACAAUGCAUCAUAAUAAGAAAAUGUUCAACAGGACUUGAACAUAUAAUUUUUCA